AUGGGGUCUUGUACAGGUAGUGAUAGUAAAAGUCUCACCUGUAAUCAGUUGUCAGUCCCCAUCUCCUCCCCCCGCCCCCGCCACCCCAUCGCUACUGAACUGCGCGGGGACACAGGGGUCAGGCUGGGUCAGUUCAUUAUUGACAUUCUGGUGGCCACUGAUCAUGUCGAUAUCCACUUGGUGACCCGCGGCAGUAUUGUGGAGGGUCUGGACAAGGUGACGGCGAUGCUGUGUGAGCGGUACAUACAGUUCGAAGUAUGGGUUGAUCUGCAUAAGUUUCUCACACACCUUGGACCAACGGAAGGCUAUCUCAGCGCUGACCAGUUUCUCGUGUAUGGGACUUCGAGCGAUGUGCUGCAUAUUAUUAGAGAGAGAAGAAAUUUUAUGGACGUCAUCAAUAUUGGGAUCACGACUUGGUACUACGUGGUCCUGGACAACGAGGCCACAACACAGGAGCUGGCCGACGCAUUGGAAGAGUCAUCAAUAGCCAUCCUCCUGCGCCCCUCCACCCACUCGGAAGGUACCUGGGUGGCCUUCACGCUUAUCUCACCUGGCGACGGUACUACACACUUCACCACGGUCGGCAGGUGGACGGAGAGAGACGGUUUGGUGGUGAGAGGUGUUGUCUUCCCUCCUCGCUCUCACUCUUUCCACGGACGCACUCUCACUAUUGGAGUCAUAAACAAAAGACGAGUCCUGCAGGAAAACAAGGACACAGGAAUGGUGGAAGGAUAUUCUAUAGAUAUCCUGCGAGUCCUACAAGAUUCUCUCAACUUCACCGUGUCACUUCGAUGGUUUGACACUUGGGGAGAGGAGACAGGAAACGGUUCUUGGGAUGGUGUCAUUGGAGCGCUUAUUAGAAAGGAAAUUCACUUCAGCCCAAUGGAUUUCACCCCAACAAAAGAAAGCCGAGCAGUGAUCGAUUUCUCAGAUUGGGUUAGCGAGGACCCUGUUAUCAUUACUUCAGCAGCACCACAGCCACACGUCCGGCCCUUCCUGCUGCUUGAAAUAUACAGCCUUGAGUUGCCAAGUAUUCGUGCUUCCUUAUACAACGCAUCAAAGACCAUUGUUUCCCAGUGCCUCAAGAAACUUCCAGAGCCGUUCAGUGUGCGUGUCUUCCUGUUUCAUGUGUGGAUUGUGUCACUGGUAAUUGACAUGGCGUACCAGGGACACAUUACGGCCUUCAUUGCGAUACCCAGGUUCACCCCGGCUAUAGACCACCACGAACACUUGUCCCAGAACCGAAGUGUUACGCCAGUCACUGAACUCUCCUCAACCACCCAAACGAUGAUUACGGAAUCAGAUCGCGUGUCCUUUCAAGCGAUGUCUGAGCGUCUGGAGGCCUUUGAUGGUGCGUUUCUUGAGUCUAAGACGUUCUUUGACGGUGUAGCCUCAGGACGGUGGGCUUAUGUAGACACCCUCAGCUCAGCCUUCGGUCGCUCUCUGGAUCACGAGAUAGAGGGCCAGCGGUGUCGUUUCUACAGAUCAAGACAGAGCGUGGCGGGAGGGCUGGACGCGUGGCCCUUCCCUCGUAACUCCCCAGUCCAUGGCAGGAUCUCCCAAUCGUUGAAGUCGCUGCGUUUUUAUGGCCUUUUGGAACAUAUCAAGUCUCGCUUCUACGUGUCACGCUGUCUGGCGGCGCACGGGCUGAGGACAAGGGAGCAAGGGAAGAUGAACCUCGUAAUGACACAAUCCUGCUUCUAUGUUCUCCUAUUUGGCUUCGGUCUCAGCGCCUUGUCUCUCGUACUGGAGGUGCUGCUGGCUCUCUGCUCCUCUUGCGACCUUGUGCGGCUGUGA